AUGGCUGGCUCUUGGGGAGACUCGACUACCGGGUCGCCAGUGGACCUUUGGGCAGCCCUUUUCACGGUCGUUCAUUCGACUGAUGAAGAGCGGCGUCCCUUGAUGCAGAGGUUUGACCUCGACGACUUGGUUCGCCUACGACGAGUGGUCCAGCUCGCCAUCGACGAGCAAGUGGAGCAGAGUCUGGAUGAGGCCGACGCUGCGGUCGCUAAGGUGGCAGUUGGGUCGCCCGUGGUAGUUCCGGCUGACUCGGGCACACACAGUUCGACCGCGGCCAGUUCGUCAACCGGUGCGGCCGCAUCUACACAGGUGCCGGUGGCCACACCUACAGACGCAGGUUCGCGGGUGAGCUCGACUGGCCAGAUACCAGGGGUCGCACAGUCGGUCGCCAGCAAGAAGGCCGGUGCGCCGCCUGCGAAAGACCCCACUACAGGACCGCCACCACAGCUCGUGGUCCCCAAGGGCAUGUCCGCGGAAGCCAAGGCCUUUAAGAAAGCAGACCCGCCACCACUGGUCGUGAAGGCGAAGGCUGACCCGCCGCCCUUGAGCAAGAAGGGCAAAGGUCGCGGUGGUCCAGCUCAGCCAGCUCCUCCACCUGCCAAGGCGACGCAGGUCAUGGUGAAGGCCACUCCGGCCCAGGUCGCGGCGAUGUUCGCUGGUACGGUGGCUCCACAGACCGGGGAGGAUGCCAUCGGCAUGUUGCGGGCGGCACAGGCCGCGGUGAUCCCGUCGGUACCUCUGGUCGACGCCUCCCAGGUCGCCGUCAUCGACCUUAACACCAUGGACGAUGACUUGCAGGAUGAUCCUCCGUUGCCCCGCCCUCUACCAGCCCGACACGGUCGCCGCCGAGCAAGCCUAUGCCACAGCAACCGCCACGCCUCAAAUCUCACCCGAACCGGCCAAGGCGACGACACCGGCUCCGACCUCCACACCGGCGAGUUCGACCAGUUCGCCGACUGGACCCGCGCCAGGACCGUGCACCCGCGCCUCAGCCCAGGUUCGCAGGGGAGAAGGUCGCAGCGAGGUCGCGCAGCGGUCGACCGGCCCAGCCUCGCAGACGCGCUGGCGCGGGGGCCACCAGGUCCGCUCUAUGCGCCCCAGUACGCCCCGUCGGGCUUGCCUGCACCGUGGCCGCAGCGUGAUGUGGAGUCGGGCGUCACAUUUCGUGACGAACCCCCUCCUUUUACAGAUGUCUCUAGCGUUUGGCGUUUGUAA